AUGACCAGUGCGUCAAAUGAGUGCAACCGCAGCCAUCCGCCGGGCAUCUAUAAUCUGGAAGGGCUGCAAUUCCAUGACACUCCUGGACCCCAUGGAGGAGACACCGAAGCGCAGCGUCAUCGCCCGCAGGGAGUUCCCCCCGAGUUCCGCGGGUUCGCGGGCGAGCUUAUAUUCAUAUUGCUCUGCUCUAUGGGUUUGUUCCUGUUUGGCCUCUUCCUAGGGAAUGUUGUGAUUGAUCAAGCUGUGUUCCCUGCCAAGCUUGGAGUGAGCGAAAGCAAUACCCCGUGGCUGAUUGGAUCCUUUCUGUUGGCGAACGGUAUCGCCGUCAUUAUAUCCGGAUCACUGGCCGACCUGUCGAACCCGAAGAUGCUGAUGAUUCUCGGCUUCGUCUGGCUUGUUAUAUGGGAUGUGGUUGGGGUGUUCAGUAUCAGCCCGUCGCUUCCGGUGCUUUUUUUCGUGGUCAGAGCCAUGCAGGGGUUGGCCAUUGGUGUUCUGCAGGCGACGUCCAUGAGCCUGCUCGGACGGGUUUACUCGCCUGGCAUUCGCAAGACACGAGUCUUUUCUGUCAUGUCCUCAAUGACUCCCGUGGGAUUCUUGAUCGGUUGUCUGCAAGGAGGGGCCUUGACCGUACACCUGCCGUGGGUAUUUGGGAGCAAUGCCAUAGUGUGCUUUAUCUGCGCAGUGGCUUCCUCCUUUGGUAUUCCCUCUUUUAGCCCGAAGUACGGCGCCUUCGAUACUCCAUUAUCUCUUAAGGACUUCGAUGCGCUAGGCGCCCUUUUGGCUGCUAUCGGUUGCGGCCUAAUUAUUUUAGGUCUAACGCAAGGCGUCCCCAGUGGCUGGAGCCCAUACACGUACUCGCUGAUCAUGGUCGGAGUGCUCUUUCUCUUGCUAUUUUCCCUGGCCGAACGACGAGCUACUCGGCCUUUGGUUGACAACCGGCUCUGGAUCACUCCCGGAUUUCUUCCGUUAGCCAUCUCAUAUUUCUUAGGAUACGGAGCAUAUGUCGGAGGAUGGAUGUUCUUUGCCGUGCGGUUUCUUCUUACUAUCCAGGAUCACGCUCCCAUCAUUGUUGCCCUUUACUUUAUCCCUAACAUGAUCUGUGGCGUUUUAGCUACAUAUAUUGUAUCGAAAACCCUUCAUUUGUUUCCCGGGCAUUGGAUUCUAAUUGCCGGCAUGGUUGCAAACACAAUGGGUCCUGUGUUCUUUAUCCCUCAAACGCCAAAUACAACAUACUGGGCUCUCUCAAUGCCCGGCAUUGCCCUUGCUACUUUUGGGCCUGAUUUAACAUUCGCAGCCGCAUCGAUUUUUAUCACAUCUAAUGUGCCGCGCUCGUUCCAGGGAUCAGCGGGGAGUUUACUUGUUACGAUUCAGAAUCUAUCAGCAGCCAUUGUGACGGCGAUUGGAGACACAAUCGGGAAGGAAGUAAGCAAAGGCGAUGGCUAUAGUCUGGAUCUGGGCGCUUUACGGUCGAUUUGGUGGUUUAGUCUGGCGAUUUCGCUUGCGGCGGCAGUGGUCUGUAUCGGGUUUGUUCGCAUUCCUCGGAGCGAAGAGAAGAACCACCUGGAGUGA